GUGACCAAAUAAACUAUUCGGCUCCUUUGGUUGUCCUGGAUCCACCAACUGACUGAUUUACGGCCACAAAUUUGACUUUUACUUCCAAAAAAAACGCCAAAUCACCCCCAAGGAAACGUUUGAGCUGGAUUUAUAGUACAAACCAACUGGUAUGGGAUCAUAAGAAGGCCUUUGAAUGCGGCCUGAAGUUCUGUUGAGUGAAAUUUUCAAGUGACUUCAAAGGUAAAGCUGACUCGGCUUACCCGAUACGCCGUUGCUACGGCCUUCUGUAAUUUGUGUCAUUUAGUUUACAAAGAAUUCGUGUGAAAAGAGAAUAUUUGGCCACAUUAGAUCGACAUGAGCGGUUAAGUGAAGCUAUGAAUUGGUAAUUCGGGGCUCUGAGCAUGACAACUCAUGCCGUGGGCAACACAACAACCAGAAAGACUUCGACGCCAUCAAAACGCGCUUGGGAAGAAGAGGAGGCUCAAACGACAUUUUCAAGACCUAAUUCAUCACAAAGUAAUUUGAAUAAGAACUUAAAGGAACAAAAUAACGCUAUAGCAACCAAGAGGAAAGAAAGUAGUGGUGUGAAGAGUAUGGACAGUGGUGUGCAUGGAGGCGAAGUUCGACUUAAAAGUGUUGAACUUGGUGUAGAAGACUCCAACAUACAAUCUGUAAAUAUGGCUAAAGGAGACAGAAGUACGGCUGCGGCCGAUAAUACGAAUGGAGAACUCACUGUAUCUGUCAAGAACGGAUCAAAAUUAGACAAAGACACUGAGAAGGCUAACAACAACGAAGACGAAGGCGAGGAUGCCGAUGAUUCGUUUGUCGGUCAUUGGAAAUUGUUUACACGAGUUUUGAAGUCCAAACGUUUUGAGUCAGAAAAACUAGAAAGUCUCUAUCAACGCUACAUUUUUCGCUUAAAUCAAAAGUUUGCAAGCUGGCUGGUAUUUAUAUUAAUAGUUCUAUGCAUUGCUCUUGUGGUCUUCCAGUUUUCUCUGGAAAACGAAGGCGAUAAUAUCGAGGGGUUUAUUAUGAUUGCUUUUCUUGUUGUCUACCUGGUUCUGGCGGUUAUCGUCAAUCGAAGUGGUUCAUCUGAUAAACAAAUGUCCGACUCUUCCCAAAAGCAACUUAGAUGGGUGUCAUACGCUUUGCUAACCCUUUCAUGUGGAAUCGUACUUGUUUCUGUACUCUGUCCUGUUGGAAGCAACGAUUCUAGGAAAUACAAUUCGCCGACCGAUGGGGUAUGGGUGACCAUAUUUUUCAUUUAUAUGACAUAUACGAUGCUCCCAGUUCGGAUGAGGAUUGCUGUUUUUGGAGGCUGCCUACUUCUUACUAUUCACCUAGUUGCAAGUGCUGCACAGAACAGCGAUAAUCCAAAUCUUCCACGAUUG